AUGGGGAUUAUGUAUGGGCCAGUAACAUUGGGCUUCCAUAAAUCUAGGCCCUGGCCCCGGUUCCCAAACCGGUGCAAGGCCCAACUACUUCCUUCUCUUCUUCGAGAACACGCCAACGGCCAAGCUCAGAGCUCUUUUUUACUUGCGACCUCCAGUUUCUGCUUAAAGCUCAAUUUCUCCAGAAUAGUAGAGGAAGCUAUGGACAUACCGGUCCAGCACAAGAAGCUUGCACUUGAUAUUAAGGGAAAUAAAACAGAUAUAGUCAUCUGUGCGUAUGAUGACCAUUUUCUGGUUAUAGCUACUCAAAUAGGAAGUAUGGGUACAAUUCUGCAUGCCAGGAAGGAGGAAGGGGUGUUGAUCCAUCCAACCUUUAGUGUUUCUGUAUUACUGGGUAAACGUGAUGAGUCCAUGCUAGUUGCAUGUGCUCGGCAGAUUAUUGAACACAUAAGUAGCGCAGGUUCUUCUAGGUCUUUGGUCUUGUCUCUUGGUCUACGAGACCACUCUCUGCCCACCUUGAAAGGCAUUGUUUCGGCUGUGACUGAGAACUGCCUUUGGUGACCUUGACUGUCAAUUUUGGAUUCCUCAUAUUUUACGGACCUGUUGUAGCCACAAGAGAGAAACUUAAUUAUUAUCCCAGGCUGUGAAGUGCUUGUGCUUAUUCAUCAUUGAUGUAUUAUUGUUCUAUUAUAGCAAGACUUCUCUAGACUCUACAAGUUGUUAAGAGAAAUUAUUGAUAUGCAUUGGUUGAUAGAAAAUUGGGAACAAGUGUGUUUAUAUUGGCAUCCUCAUUGAAAGAAGGGGCUUUUCGGCUUUA